AUGUCGACAAAAGCUCCUAACAGUCUAGUGCAUAUUAAUGAAUCUGGAAUAGAUAACACAGAAGAUUACCUAUAUGAAUAUUGCCGAAAGGAAGAAAGAUUUCAUAUGCUAAAAUCAGGUAAAAAUGCAGAGAGUUGUAUAAUAGCAGAUAAAUAG